UUUAAAAUAAUUAAAAAAUCACACCUAGCACAGCUGUAGAUAGGACAUCUUACCAGGAUAGGGAGAGAAGCUCUUUUUCGAGGUCGACAGAAAAUAAUAGUGGAACGGGGUUGUUAAUAAAGUUCACCCUUAGCGUGAGAAUUAGGUUUCAGUAGUAACCUGUAACCUAUUCAGAGAAAUAGGUUUCAAAUGUUUAACAUUAAGGUUAUACGUUUUCUUUUUGGGGAUGAUUAAAACAGAUUUUGAAUACGAUUGACUUUUUUUUGUGUGUGUGGUAACUUUCCAAGUUCGUAGUAGCUUAGCAGUGUUUCAUAAAGACUCAGCCCGCCGUGGGGACAGAAGUCGCCAGUGUCUGGGGGGUCAGGUGGAACACGUGAGGAUCUACUGCACGAAUCCAGGAAUGAGCCAGCUCACGGGGAAUCCAGCAGAAAUGAGCCCCCCGGAGCUCAUUUAGCAGAUAAGACGACACAAGAGGAAGAUGUAAUAGGCUUAUUGCAUGCUGAAAAGGGAAGAGAGAAAACACAACCUUUCGGCUGUGAAGCCUUCUUCAGGCGCUGCCGGCGGAGCAUGGCGCUGGUCCCGUACGACGAGAGCGCGCUGCCCGCGCUGUCCCGGCUGCACGAGUCCGCCGCCGAGUUCCGCUUCGCCGGCCGCCGCCUGCGCUUGGCCCAGGACUGGGGCCGGCUGGGCGUGGCGGCGGUGGUCUGGGACGCCGCCGUGGUGCUGUGCAUGUACCUGGAGCUGGGCGAGGUGGAGCUGCAGGGGAAGAAGGCCAUAGAGCUGGGGGCUGGCACCGGGCUGGUGGGCAUCGUGGCAACACUGCUGGGGGCGAGGGUGACCCUCACUGACCGGGAGCCCGCCCUGGACUUCCUCCGGGCCAACGUGCGGGCCAACCUGCCGGCGGAGCUGCGGGGCGCGGCGGAGGUGUCCGAGCUGGCCUGGGGCGAGGCCCUGCACCGGUACGCCGCGGGCGGCUACGAUCUGGUCCUGGGGGCGGACAUCGUCUACCUGGAGGAGACCUUCCCGGCCCUGCUGGCGACGCUGGAGCACCUGAGCUCGGAGGGCGGCGUGGUGCUGCUGGCCUGCCGGCUCCGCUACGAGCGGGACCGGGCCUUCCUGGCAGCGCUGGGCCGGCGCUUCGCCGUGGAGCAGGUCCACUACCACGCCCGGGGGGACGUUCGCGUCUACCGGGCCGUGAAGCGCCGCGCCGAGCCCGCCGGGCGGGACCUGUGACGGCGGGCGCGGCCCCCGGGGGGUUUACCGCCACUCGAGAGAACCGCCCCAGCCCGGCUCCGCUCUUCCUCACCCCCCCCCCUCGGUGGUCUUCGUCAGCAGGGCGAGUUCUGGGAGUGCUGGUUUGUGCCGGGACGCUUCAAGGCUGCUGGUCUUCUUCCGGGCCAGGGGGAUCGAGCUGGAAAUGUCACGUGCGCAGAUCUUCAUCGUUUGAGAGAAGGGUCUUCGUCCAUCUGUUCGGGACCCCAGGUGGACACGUCUACGUCAUGUAGAUGCUUUCGGGUGUUUUGUGGACAGCAGCACUGUACAUUUUAAAUUCCUUUAUACAGUCAUUACCAAUAGGGUGUAUGUGAUCAUUUUAUAUUAAUUUUGAUAUCUGCUAUAAAAGGGCAAGGUAGUCUUCAUGGUUGCUUGGUUGGUUUUUCUAACAGUCUUCAAAGCCGAACCAAUGAGUUGAUCAAAGGAGUGUUAAUACUUGCACACCAUGAACAUUUUGAAGGCUUCUGUCUGGAAAGAGUUAGUGAUGUUGGUGUAAAUAUGCACAGCAUCAUGUAUUCUGACUUGAUGUCCUUUUUUGUAUGCUUUUCUCCCUUUGAUUUCAUCCUAGUGAAAGUUGCAGGCAUUUUUGAUACCAGAAACUGGAGAUUUGACCAAUACAGAAAUCAAAGUGACUGUG